GCCGGAGAGCUGCUUUGGUCCUGGCAGUAAAGCCUGCGAAUGACUGAGCAGUAGCCGUCAUCCUCCUCUAGCAGACGCCGCGGCGCGCGCGCGGCUGCUCCAGCUUCUCCUCGCUUCCCUUUCCCUCCGCUGCCACAGCCCGGCGACGCGAGCGGUCUGAGGGAGCGCGCGGCGCAGCCCGGAGCCUCCUCCGCCUCGACGAAGGGAGACGGCUGUGAUAAAAGCCGAGGAAGAGGAGAAGAAAGCGCGUCCUGCUCGACCGGCUUGCCGAGAGGAUGAGGCAGUGCCGGGAGUGGGCGCUGCUCCUGUGCGGGGUCGCCAGUCUCCUCGCCGCCAAAGUAAACAAGCACAAGCCAUGGAUUGAAACAUCUUAUCAUGGAGUUAUUACUGAAAACAAUGACACAGUCAUUUUGGAUCCUCCACUGGUUGCUUUGGACAAAGAUGCCCCUGUUCCAUAUGCAGGUGAAAUCUGUGCUUUUAAAAUCCAUGGACAGGAAAUGCCCUUUGAAGCUGUGGUGCUAAACAAGACAUCUGGAGAAGGUCGUCUUCGAGCAAGAAGUCCAAUUGACUGUGAACUGCAGAAAGAGUACACAUUCAUCAUCCAGGCAUAUGACUGUGGCGCAGGGCCUAGUGGAACAAACUGGAAGAAAUCUCACAAGGCUGUGGUCCAUAUCCAGGUAAAGGAUGUCAAUGAAUUUGCACCAACUUUUAAGGAAACAUCCUAUAAGGCUACUGUGACAGAGGGAAAGAUCUAUGACAGUGUAUUGCAGGUGGAAGCCAUAGAUGAGGACUGUUCUCCUCAAUACAGCCAGAUAUGCAAUUAUGAAAUUGUCACAACAGACGUUCCAUUUGCCAUUGACAGGAAUGGGAAUAUCAGAAAUACCGAGAAGCUGAGUUAUGACAAACAGCGUCAGUAUGAGAUAAUGGUAACGGCUUUUGACUGCGGGCAAAAACGUGCAACUGAAGAUGUGUUGGUACGAGUUGAAGUCAAGCCUGUAUGUAAGCCCGGAUGGCAAGACUGGAAUAAACGUAUUGAGUACAAGCCUGGUUCUGGGAGUAUACCAUUAUUUCCUAGCAUUCACCUGGAGACUUGUGAUGGACCUGUUUCUUCUAUUCAGACCACCAUUCAAUUGCAGACUAACUACAUUGGAAAGGGCUGUGAUCGUGAGACAUACUCUGAAAAAUCCCUGCAAAAAUUAUGCGGGGCGUCAUCAGGUGCCAUUGACUUGUUACCAACUCCCAGUGCAGCAACUAACUGGACAGCUGGUCUUCUGAUAGACAGCAAUGACAUGAUUUUUAAAUUUGAAGGGAAACAAGGAGCCAAAAUCCCUGAUGGAAUAGUACCAAAGAAUCUAACAGAUCAGUUUACCAUCACCAUGUGGAUGAAACAUGGCCCAAGUCCAGGAUUAAGAGCAGAGAAAGAAACUAUUCUGUGCAAUUCAGAUAAGACAGAAAUGAAUCGGCACCACUAUGCACUAUAUGUGCACAAUUGUCGCCUUGUGUUCCUGUUGCGGAAAGAUUUUGACCAAGCUGAUACCUUUCGUCCUGCAGAAUUCCACUGGAAGCUCGACCAGAUUUGCGACAAAGAAUGGCACUACUAUGUCGUAAAUGUUGAAUUCCCAGUAGUUACUUUGUAUAUGGAUGGUACAACGUACGAACCUUACCUUGUAACGAAUGACUGGCCUAUUCAUCCAUCACACAUAGCAAUGCAACUUACUGUUGGCGCUUGUUGGCAAGGAGGUGAAGUCUCUAAACCCAGAUUUGCUCAGUUUUUCCAUGGCAGCCUUGCCAGCCUAACCAUCCGACCAGGCAAAAUUGAGAGUCAGAAAGUGAUUUCCUGUUUGCAAGCCUGCAAGGAAGGUUUGGAUAUUAACUCCCUGGAGAGUCUUGGCCAAGGACUAAAGUAUCACUUCAAUCCUUCCCAGUCAGUACUUGUAAUAGAAGGAGAUGACAUUGUGAAUAUAAAUCAAGCUCUCCAAAAGGUCUCCUAUAUCAACUCAAGACAGUUUCCAACUUCAGGCAUUCGCCGUCUUAAAGUCUCAUCCAAAGUCCAAUGUUUUGGUGAAGAUGUCUGCAUUAGUAUCCCAGAUAUAGAUGCCUAUGUAAUGGUGUUUCAGGCCAAGGAGCCCAAGAUUACAAUAAGUGGGAUGGAUCAUUUUGCAAGACCGGCUGCACAAUUUGAACAAGAAAGAGGCGUGAUUCUUUUACCGGAUAUCAGAAUUGUCAGCACAGUCACUAAAAUGGAACACCCUCCUGACUUGAAGGAAACUGAAGAGAGAGUCCAUAAACCAGUUACCCUAGAAGAAAUGCACCAUAACUUGGAUUUUUGUGACAUUUUGGUAAUUGGAGCAGAACUGGACCCCACACAUGAGUGUUUAGAACUGGAUCGGACAGAACUUCAAGGAAAACACUUGGAUGCUACAAACUCCACAGCAGGGUAUUCAAUAUAUGGUGUGGACACAAUGAGAAACUACGCACAAGUCUUGCGACAGUUACGCUAUCGUAAUUGGCACACAUCUUCCAUCUUUGACAGGAAGUUUAGAAUCAAGUGCUCAGAACUUAAUGGACGUUACACCAGCAAUGAAUUUAAUUUAGAGGUAAGUCUUGUGUAA